CAUCCAACGGUCACAUUGAGUCAUUGACUGCUUCCGUUUUCCCCUUAGGCGGUGGUCUGUGCCCUCUCUGCCUCUCUCUCUCUCUCUCUCUCUCUCUAACUUGGUCACCGCCUUACAUCAACUUGAAUGUCGGGAUCGCAGAGAUUAUUCUGCGUUUUCAAUCUCAAACUGUCGUCUUCUUCUCCUCCUUCCUCCUCACCUUCUCUCUCUUCCAGAACCUUCCUCUUCUCUCACUCCACUCCCUUCCACUCUCGCUCGCUCCGUUUCCUCACCUCGCUCUGCCGUCCAACCAUGACGCACAACCAGAUAAGGGUUGGGCACAGGGAACAAAGAUGGGAAGAAAAGCCAGGUUCCUCUCUGAUGUCUCCACGCAGUGACAGUGUGUCAGCAGGGGCAGCUGAACCUAUCACUAGCAGACUUGGUGCAACUAGUAUCGCAGAAAACAGUGGGCAUACCCAUGCUGCCACUCCGUCCAUACAAUUUGGUAGUGUUGGAUCACAGAACCGUGGCCCCGUGGAAGGGCAGCAUGCUGUCUGGAAACCCAGGUCUUAUGGAACAGUGAGGGGAGCCACAGCUAUAGAAGUUGAAAAAGCACCUGCUGAUCAAACAGCUGAAAAAACCAGUGCUGAUUUGAGCAAGUUAUUUAAGAGCAAUAUAUUGGAGAAUUUCACUGUGGACAACUCCACAUACUCCCUUGCGCAAAUAAGGGCAACCUUCUAUCCCAAAUUCGAGAAUGAGAAGUCUGACCAAGAGGUAAGGACGAGGAUGAUAGAGAUGGUGUCCAAAGGUUUGGCAACUAUGGAGGUCUCGCUAAAACAUUCAGGGUCUCUUUUCAUGUAUGCGGGUAAUGAGGGUGGAGCUUAUGCCAAAAAUAGCUAUGGAAAUAUAUACACUGCUGUCGGUGUUUUUGUUCUUGGAAGGAUGUUUCGCGAAGCAUGGGGAACUGAAGCCCGCAAAAAGCAAGCACAGUUCAAUGACUUCCUUGAGAGGAAUCAUAUGUGUGUAUCAAUGGAACUGGUAACUGCUGUUUUGGGAGACCAUGGACAACGUCCUCGAGAUGACUACGUGGUUGUGACCGCAGUCGCGGAAUUGGGCAAUGGAAAACCAAUGUUCUACUCAACUCCUGAUAUAAUCGCCUUUUGUAGGGAAUGGCGCCUUCCGACAAAUCAUAUCUGGUUAUUCUCAACAAGGAAAUCAGUGACAUCGUUUUUUGCUGCCUAUGAUGCACUCUGCGAGGAAGGAACAGCAGUGCCUGUAUGUAAGGCUCUUGAUGAAGUUGCUGAUAUAUCCGUACCAGGAUCAAAAGACCAUAUAAAGGUGCAGGGUGAAAUCUUGGAGGGUCUUGUGGCCCGUAUAGUGAGCCAUGAGAGCUCAAAACAUAUGGAGCAGGUUUUAAGAGAUUUUCCACUGCAACCUUUUGAAGGAGCCAACCUGGAUCUUGGACUGAGCUUGCGGGAGAUAUGUGCUGCAAAUAGGUCAAAUGAAAAUCAGCAAAUAAAAGCACUUCUUGAGAGCGUUGGCACUUCUUUCUGCCCCAACUAUGUGGAUUGGUUGGGAAACGGAGCAACUGAUUCACAUUCUCGAAUCGCUGAUCGUUCUGUUCUUUCAAAGUUUUUGCAAGCGCACCCUGCUGAUUUUUCAACCACUAAAUUGCAGGAAAUGAUUCAGCUGAUGAGAGAGAGGCACUUUUCUGCAGCCUUCAAGUGUUACCAUAAUUUCCACAAAGUUGGUUCUGCAUGUACUGACGACCUGUAUUUUAAAAUGGUCAUUCAUGUCCACAACGAUUCAGUGUUUCGACGAUAUCAGAAAGAGAUGAGAAACAAACCAGGAUUAUGGCCUCUAUAUCGAGGGUUUUUUGUUGACAUAAAUUUGUUCAAGUCAAACAAGGAGAAAGUUGCUGAAAUGGACAAAAACAGCAAUGAUUUAGUGGAAAACGUCAAUAACAGUGACGGAACAUCAAGAAAAGAUGGCUUAGCUGAUGAAGAUGCAAAUUUGAUGAUCAAGUUGAAAUUUCUGACAUAUAAGUUGCGAACCUUUUUAAUCCGCAAUGGCUUGUCAAUUCUUUUCAAGCAAGGUCCGGCUGCUUACAAGACCUAUUAUCUGAGGCAAAUGAAAAUAUGGAACACUUCCCAAGAAAAGCAGAAUCAACUCAGCAAGAUGCUGGAUGAAUGGGCGGUUUACAUACGAAGGAAGUAUGGGAAGAAAGCGUUGUCAUCAUCCACUUACCUCAGUGAAGCGGAACCAUUUCUUGAACAGUAUGCAAAACGUAGCCAACAGAAUCAGGCUCUGAUAGGAUCUGCUGGGAACUUAGUGAGUGCUGAAGAUUUCAUGGCAAUUGUUGAGGGAGGUAGAGAUGAAGAGGGAGAUCUUCAUACAGAGAAAGAGGAAGCACCUCCAAGCCCAAGUACUUCUACCAAGGAUACUGUGGCCAAGGAUGAGGCUCUGAUAGUAUUCUUUCCAGGAAUACCUGGUUGUGCAAAAUCUGCACUCUGUAAAGAAAUUGUAAAUGCCCCAGAAGGUCUUGGAGAUGAUCGUCCAGUUAAUAGUCUGAUGGGUGAUCUUAUUAAAGGAAAAUAUUGGGAUAAAGUUAAUGAACAAUGCAGGAGAAAGCAUUAUUCGGUUAUCCUUGCUGACAAGAAUGCCCCAAACGAAGAAGUUUGGUCAAGGAUUGAAGAAAUGUGCAGAAACACAAGAGCAUCUGCAGUUCCUGUUGUACCUGAUUCUGAAGGAACUGAAACAAACCCUUUUUCACUUGAUGCAUUAUCGGUUUUCAUGUUUCGUGUGCUUCAACGAGUAAAUCAUCCGGGGAAUCUUGAUAAGAACUCUCCCAAUGCCGGAUAUGUUCUGCUAAUGUUCUAUAACCUUUAUGAUGGGAAGAGCCGCAAGGAAUUUGAGGGUGAGCUAAUUGAACGUUUUGGUUCACUUCUCAAGAUGCCUUUACUGAAGCCUGAUAGGAGUCCUCUGCCUGAUUCAUUGAAGUCUAUUCUAGAGGAGGGAAUAAAUCUGUUCAAGCUUCACCAAACAAGACACGGCAGGCUGGAGUCCACAAAAGGAUCAUAUGCAAACGACUGGGCUAAAUGGGAGAAGCAAUUGAGAGAAACUCUAUGUGCCAGUGCUGAUUAUCUUAACUCCAUUCAGGUUCCAUUUGAAGUCGCUGUUGAACAAGUAGUAGAACAACUGAGAUCUGUUGUCAAAGGUGAUUAUAAAAUGCCAAGUACUCAGAAGAGGAAAUCCGGAAACAUAAUUUUUGCUGCUGUCAGUCUGCCCGUCAAUGAAAUCAGAAGUCUCCUUGACAAUUUGGCUGAGAAGAAUCCCCAGAUCAAGGAUUUUCUUGGAGACAAGAACAUGGAGACCAACCUUAAGAAGGCUCAUGUAACGCUUGCUCACAAGGCAGUUCAUAGUGUUUCAGCUGUAGCAAACUAUGGUGUGUUCAUUGAUCGAGAGGUCCCUGUGGAAAUGACUGCUUUACUCUUCUCAGAUAAAAUGGCAGCACUAGAGACUUGUCUUGGAUCUGUUGAUGGUGAGAAGAUAAUUUCGAAAAACGAGUGGCCUCAUUCGACCUUGUGGACUGGUAAAGGUGUUGCAGCAAAGGAUGCCAACUUGUUACCGCAACUUCAUUCAGAGGGGAAGGCUAUUCGCAUUGAUAUCGAUCCACCCCACACCAUUACCGGCAUAGUGCAAUUCUAUUAGGCUUCAAGAUGAGAUCAAAUUUAUUUGAUGGAAAAGAAACAAUUUUCUUGUGAUAUGACUUUUCCAGGUAAAUAUUUGAAAGAAAAUCCCGACCAAAGGGAAUUUUUUUUUUUUUUUUUGUAGGAUCUGAGUUUUUUGCUUGGGAGAGUUUUUAGGUUGAGGCAAUGGAAAUAGAAAAAGAGAAAAUAGUAGAAAUCAUGUGCCUGUUGACGCUCUAGUGUUUCUUUUUGUAAGUUCUAUAUGUUUUUUUCCCUGACAAAAUGAGGAUAGUUUUGUUGAUCAUUUUGUAAAUUAAAGAGGAAAAAAAUUA